AUGAUUGAUUGGCCCAAUGGCACAGCACCCGGCCAGCGGGAGGAUGAGAGCAGUGCUCAGGAGAGGUCAGAGUGUGUGCUGGCUUACAUCCCUGUCGUCUACUACAGUACUCUGUUGUGUGUUGGAGUGCCAGUGAACAUCCUGACGUUGGUGGCUCUUUACCGGCUGUCUGUUCGUACUCAGAAGGCCCUGUAUGUGUAUCUUCUUGCUCUUACUGGCUCGGACAUCCUCAGCCAGCUGUUCAUCAUCUUCGUGGGCUUCCUGUUGGAAACGGCCGUGUUUCACCGAGACGUCCCUGUGCUGCUGCUGAGGUCGGUCAGUAUGAUGGAGUUUUCCGCCAACCACGCAUCCAUCUGGGCCACCGUACCCCUCACGGUGGACCGCUAUGUCGCUUUGUGCCACCCACUACUCCACCGGCAGAUCAGUUACCCAGCCCGAGCCCGGCGGAUCAUCGCAGUGGUGCUCACAUUGGCGCUAGCAUCCGGCGUGCCGUUCUUCUGGUGGUCGGACAUGUGGAGGGUCAACCGUGCGCCCAACAACUUGGAUACUGCCUUGAUUUGGACCCACGUGACUAUUAUUUAUUUUCUUCCAUGCUGCAUCUUCCUGGUGCUAAACUCCUUGAUCAUCCUGAGGCUCCGGAAGAGACAGCGACAGCAGAAGUGCCAAGAUGAGAGUGGGCAGCAGCUGGCAGUGCCAGGCAAGCUGGGUAAAACCACAGCUAUGCUCCUAGCAGUGACUUCUGUGUUUGCUGUACUGUGGGCGCCUCGUACCGCAGUGGUGCUCUACCAUCUCUAUGUGUCAUCGGUGCACAACGAUUGGCGGGUACAUUUAGCAUAUGACUUGGCCAACAUGUUAGCCAUGCUAAACACUGCUGUGAAUUUCUUUCUGUACUGUUUUGUCAGCAAACCUUUUAGAGCAGCAGUGAGGGAUGUCCUGUUGUUCCGGUGGGGACCGUUGCACCCACGCCGCCCCCUACAUCACCAGCGCACUGCUGCCAAUGCCUCCACCUCCUCUGUUUCCAGCUCCAAACGUUCCCAACGAGAGCUCACCCCUCUCUCUCCCAAAAGGGCAGACAUCAAGAUGUAAUCCUGCUAAAAG